CAUUCAGUCAUUCAACUUAUUAUAGUAGAGAGAGAAAGUAGAGAGAGAGGGAUGGAGGGAAUACAGUACAAGACAGUGAGCGUGAAUGGCAUAAACAUGCACGUAGCAGAAGUGGGCCAAGGCCCAGUGGUCCUAUUCCUCCAUGGCUUCCCUGAACUCUGGUACACAUGGAGACACCAGAUCCUCUACAUGGCGGCCCACGGCUACCGGGCUGUGGCUCCAGACCUCCGCGGCUAUGGCGACACCACCAGCGCCACCACUUCCGCCACCGGCUACACCACCCUCCAAGUGGUGGGCGACGUGCUGGCCCUCCUCGACGCCAUGGCAGCCGAUGAGAAGCAGGUGUUUGUGGUGGGCCAUGAUUGGGGUGCAGUCAUAGCUUGGCACCUUUGUUUGUAUAGACCUGAAAGAGUCAAGGGUUUGGUGAAUAUGAGCAUUGCUUUCACUCCUAGGAACCCUAAGAGGAAGCCCAUUGAGACCUUUUGUGCUGUCUAUGGAGAUUACUACAUUUGCAGAUUUCAGAAACUGGGAACUAACUGGACCAUUGACUGGGGCUCAGAUCAAAGUACCAGUUAUGUUUAUCGUGGGUGAGCUUGACCUGACUUAUAAUUCCCUAGGCACCAAGGAAUACAUACACAACGGUCAGUUCAAGAAGAAUGUGCCCUUUUUGCAGGAUGUAAUUGUAAUGGAAUGCGCAGCACAUUUUGUCCACGAGGAAAAGCCUGAUGAAAUCAACACACACAUCUACGAUUUCAUCCGAAAUUUUUCAUCCUCUUGAACUUGUUUGUUCUACAGAAUAAUUGAUCAAUAAUAGCUAUUAUGUGCCCAGGGUGUAUGCAGCUCUUGGACAAAUAAAUAAACAAAUAAACAUCAAUAUAAUGAUAAAUCUAUGUAUCAUUUUUCUUGUGUA